AUGUGGCCAAUAGGGGUAACCAAAUCACAAAAACAUAUUUAUUUUGAAUAUGGAUGGGAGAAAUUCAUUGAGGACAACAUCUUAGAGCUUGGAGACUUCUUUAUUUUUGACUAUGAUGGAACUAGAACUUUUGACUUCAAAUUACUUGGACGAAAUGGAUGUUUAAAGAAAGGAGUUGGAGGAUUAAAACUCGUUGUGAAGGAGGAGGAAGCAGAAGAAAUGAAUAUUGAACAUCAAAAGAGUAUGGAGCCAAAGGAGAAUAUUUGGGCUAGAGAUAGCAAGGACAUUUUUUUUGAUGAUGAUAGGGAUGGGGUUAACAUGAUAAAAGAUAAAGAGGAUGAAGACACGGAAAGUGAAAAGACAGAAAAGGUGCCAUCAGAAGAUGAUGAUAAGGAAGAAGAAGAUGAUGAAGAUGAAGAAGAGGAUGAAUACAAAGAAGAGGAUAAGGAAGAGAAAGAAAGGGCUGCCAUAUUCAACCAAAAGGCACCACGUUCAAAAGCUAAAUGUAAAAGUGCGAUUGCUGGAAAGCGGAAUGCUCCCUUUGACAAAUUUGCUAUAGAUAUAUUUAGAAGCGGACAUGCAACUAAGCCUAAAAAUCCUUACUUUAUAACAAAAAUACGUCAAGAUAGGAGAAAUCAACUGUACGUUCCGACUGAUGUGGUGAGAGACUACCAACUUGAAUUCCCAUCAAGCAUGAUCAUUCGUGACUCUUCUGGCAGAGAAUUUAAGGCAAAACUCAAGAUUUGGCAAGAUGGUAGAAUAUGGCUAAUUGGUGGGUGGCGCAGUUUAUGUAGGAAGAACCUUUUGGAGAAAAAUGAUACGUGUAUUUGUGAAUUUGUGAGAGAAAAACACAACAAAGACCUUUACUUACAAGUUCACGUUGUCUAUGAAGGAGAAGGUUCCCAUCCCAACAAGAAAUAA